UUGGAGAUACCGGUGAGCUGUUGCAAAACUAUUACUAAGGCAAAAUCAUUUAAAAAGUGGGUUACAAUUGCGUAACCUGGGACUCGCAGCAAUGGUUGCUGCCCACAGGUGGGGGACGGUGCGAGGUCUCUGGUCUUGCUGCUGAGUCUGCAAUGCCCAGACCAUCCCUGCAGGGGAUGGGAGAUCACCUGGAAGGAGCUGCUGGUGUUUCCUGUGGAAGAAUCCGUCUCUGCUGAUCCCUGCAGGAUUUGACCUGCCUUUUGUUGUUCAAGCUGAGCGUGUGUGUGCAUGUGCGCAGCAAGAACCUCUCCGGGAGCUGUUUGCCAGACUCACCCAGUUACUGGGAACCAAACCAACCACCCUUCCCCUCCCUCACAUGCUCAGACAAACUCCGUGUGUGCAGGAGGGCUGCGGCUGGGAAGGAGCUUCCUCACUCCGAGAGGCGCCCAGAUCUGGACACCUUCCUCUGGCUUUUCCACCUGGACAGCCCUGGGACGCUGCAGUGCACUGGAUGAGAGGACCCUGAUCAUCAGUUUGCCGUUGCAUCCUGGCUAUGCCCUGUGCUGGACACUUCCCACCCCACAGUCCCCGGUGAGCAGGCAAGGAACUCCUCCAGAUCGGGUGACUCUGGUCUCCCUCAGCUGCCAUGGAUUGGAAAACGCUGCAGGCGCUGCUCAGCGGGGUCAACAAGUACUCCACAGCCUUCAGCCGCAUCUGGCUCUCCGUGGUCUUUGUCUUCCGUGUGCUGGUCUAUGUGGUGGCAGCCGAGAAGGUCUGGGGCGACGAGCAGAAGGACUUUGAUUGCAACACGCGGCAGCCGGGCUGCACCAACGUGUGUUAUGAUCAUUUCUUCCCCAUCUCCCACAUCCGCCUCUGGGCCCUGCAACUCAUCUUUGUCACUUGUCCUUCCCUCCUGGUCAUCAUGCAUGUGGCCUACCGGGAGGACCGCGAGAGGAAGAACCGGGAGAAGAAUGGAGAGAAUUGCCCCAAGCUCUACAGCAACACGGGCAAGAAGCAUGGCGGGCUGUGGUGGACCUACCUGUUCAGCCUCUUCUUUAAGCUUGUUGUAGAGAUCCUGUUCCUCUACCUCCUCCACAAGAUGUGGGACAGCUUUGAUUUGCCACGGCUGGUCAAGUGCUCCAAUGUGGAUCCCUGUCCCAACACCGUGGACUGCUACAUCGCUCGGCCAACCGAGAAAAGGGUUUUCACCUAUUUUAUGGUUGGAGCCUCCUCCAUCUGCAUUGUCCUCACUGUCUGUGAGAUCUUCUACCUCAUCUUCAAGCGAGUCGUCCGGAGGGCAAGGAAGUGGAGGAAAACCACCAAGCACUCCAUCAGCUACAGCAAGGCCUCCACCUACCACUGCCACGUCAAGUCAGAGGAGAAGGACAACAAGUCCCAGCCUAGGUGUGUGGCAGCCCUGACCGCUGUCUGAGGGGUGCUGGGAAGGGUGGUGGGGAAAGAAGUGUCCGGUAUGUGCCAGGGAUGGUUGGCACCACAGGUGACCACCAGUGAUGCCACCACCAGAUUCUUCAGCCAGGACCUUGGUGGCUGUAAGGGAAGGGGGACACGUCCAUGGGAGCUCUCCUGCUUGGGACCAUGGGCACAUCCUGGGUGUCUCAGUGGUGUGGACAUGCUUGGUGGCAGGUGGGUGCUGGCUGCCUAUGGCCAUGCCUGAGGGUGUCUGUUCUUCCCACAGAGGAGAAGAGCCGUGAGCUCACCCAUCCCAGCCAGUUCAUAUUCCCCUCAACUUGGCUUUUCCAGCCUGCCAAAGCCCCGAACCCUCAAGAGUCGACCCCUGUGAAAAAUGACUAAACCAAACAAAGUAAUGUCCUUGGAGAGAGAGCCACGGGUGUCUGAGCAGACACAGGUAAGGCAAGGGCAGCCCUGGAGAUCUGCAGGUAGCGGUGCCACAAGCAUGGACAUCACAGCAGCACACAGAUCCUCCGUGACCUCUCUUGGGUCCUGCAGCUCUGCCACUCCCAUGCUGGGUGUGAGUGCACCCAGCUGGUGCCCAGCCAGGGCUGGUGCCACCCAGAGUGUGCCAGUUCUCCCAGCUCACUGUGCCUCACACAUGCACAGACCCAAGCACUGUUUUCUUUUAUACCAAGAAACCAAAGGAAUUCUGAGCAACUUGGCCAGAGCUCUCUUUGUGCACCCAAAGUAAUGACAGAGAACCAGGGCUCCAGUCUGUUGGCAAUCAUUCUGCUGGCCCAGUUUGCCAUUACUGGAGUGGGGCAACUUCUCCCCCUUGGCUCACACAAGCACCAAGCCAUGUCCUGCCCAAAUGCCCUUGCUGGCUCUGCUGCUUCCCUUGGUGCCUCUGUGUGUCCUCUCACCUCAGAUGCACAUCACAAGUUACAGAUCCAAAAGGAUCCAAAUGUCAUGUUUGGAGAUGCCAAGAUCUGCUCUGUAUGUUGGAAAUCAGGGGACCGGUGAGGGGAGAAGACAUGGAUUUGCAGAGGUUCUUCAGGAGCCCUCAGCUAGGUCCUCCUCAUCUGCCCGAGCUGGGCAUUGGUCGAGCCCACAGCCAAGUUCACGUCCGCCCGUUCCACCUCUCCCAGCUUGUCAUGCAUCAUUAAACUUUAAUUCAGGAGAACCUCACGCUGGCCCCCAAGGAAAUCAAGGAGGGAUGAGCAUCAAUUAUUUACUAAACCUUGAGAAAUAUUACAAUAAAUAGAAAUUAUCUCCAUUGAAUUUCUCCUUAAGCA